AUGCAGGCUGCCGAACGGCAGGUUAAAGUUUAUCAAGCCAAGCUCGGUGAAAUGUCGGUAGCCCUGGAGUUGGCGCAGCUAGCGGCAAAUGAGGCGCUGGAGUCGAAGGAGGCGAUCCAGGUGUCCUUUGAGGAGUCAGAGCGGGCCAGGGCUUCGGAGAUCGAGGCUGCCGUCCAGGAGGCAAUACGGGGGUACCGUCAGUCUUCAGAGUUCACUACCUUGCUUGACAAGGAAGUGGGCUCGGAAAUGGCGGAUCUGCUCUACCGUUUCAAGCGGUACAACCUCGAAAAAAAGCUCAACCUCAACUUCAUUGUUGAUCCUCCCCCUCUUCCUGAAGGCAUGACCGAAGAAAUGAUCGGGGACUACGAGGGGGAGAAUGCCCCAGAAGAGGCUCCUGCCGAUGCCGAGGAGGAUACUGCCGAAGGCGAUGGGGUCGCUGCCGAGGCCGAGGAGGCCGCCGCCUGA